AUGCUACAGUUCAACACAGGCCCAAACAUGAUCUCCAUGGCCGACGCCGCAGCCAAAAACAUACUAAUCCCAGACGUCGCCUCCAACUUCUCCGAAUGGAUUGCCGGAAACAGCCAGAUCGAGUCUUUUGGCCUCAGUCCACGACAAAGGCAGUGUAUCCUUGUUCAAAUGGUCAGAGAUGUUGUCCUCAAGGAGACACAUGCGUUCCCGGCGGCUGCUGUCGCGGCAAUGCCCAACAAUGCGGCUCAAGCAAAUGCUACUUCCCAUCAUCCCAAAUCUGCUGUAGCAGCGGUAUUGCCUGUAAAAAAGGGCAGAACUGCGUCGACGGUGGCUGCUGCGAAAGCGGUGAAUCGAAAUGCGGCUCCUCUGGAUGUUAUGAUCCCAAGACCUCAGUCUGUUGUGGGAGCUCGAGUAUACACUGUCCCAAAGGCUACGAUUGCAUGCCCGGUGGUGGAUGCUGUCCAGCUGGUCAGAAGCGGUGUGGGAAUAGCAAAUGUUACGAUCCCAAGAAAGCAAACUGCUGCACUGGGCCUGGCACUGUCUGGGCUUGCGAAAAGGGCAAAGAGUGUUGCUCAAAUGGAUCCUGCGCGAAUCCUUCAACGGAGAAAUGCUGCAAGAACGGAGCAUGUCAAGAGGGAACAACUUGUUGCGAGAAUGAAUGCUGUCGAUCCAAUGGCUACUGUGCAUCCGACGGAUACUGUAAAAGUCAUUACCGAUAUCGAGCCUGAUACUGGAAACGCUCCCGAGUUCACCUGCGUCCCUAUAACAGCGACAAAUGACGUUGGUGCAAUUCUUGAGCUUGACGAUGGUUGUGUCCUUCAUUACGAGCCACCCGAAGCUACAACUACUCAGGACAACGCCGCUCGCCUUCGACGUGACGCCCCGACAGCGCCUGUGGUCAGCCACGCAGGCGGAAUUUUAGCUCGCCAAGCAUCUUGCACACCUUCCACGACUUUCACACGAACUGUAUGGGAGACAGAGACACUUACAGAGACUGGCACUCGAACUGUGGUAGUUCAAGGCGACGACGCAACAUUUUCCUGCCCCGAGAUGGAGGUCACAAAUGACGUUGGCGAUACACUUGCCUUGGAUGGAGAAUGUAUCCUGGAGUUCACUCCUUCAGAGCAGACUAGUGUACAGGAAGAAGUUCCAACACAGGGCGGACCAACGGUGAAUGGCCAGAGUCCCGAUAUCCCGGUAGGACCUUCAGGGACAUCUUCGGCGGACGAUAAUAGCGCUGGCUCGGUUUCUGAAGUUCGAAUAUUCUUGAUGGCAGGAUUUGUUGCUGUUUUUGUGUUAUGGACCGCACUCUGA